CACGGAGACUUGACGGCGUGCUCGCGCCAUGUCCACGAUGUCGUCGGCGAUGAUCCAGAUGGGUCUACUAGCUCCAGCACGCACAAGAUGUGUGGAUUACGUUGCUGAGGGGGCUUUUACAUUUGUGUCAAUGAAAGACGAGGAGAAGGGCAAAGAAAGAGUUCGAAUGUCCAGAAGUCGGUUCCAUUCCUUUUGGUCAGUGUGAACAACCCCUCUCUCGUAGAGACCCCUACUGGGAUCAACGGGCAUACGUUUCGUGUAAUUAUAUUAAAGCUGUUGGUCACAUUCGUCCGUUAUUGUGGGAUUUUUCUCUCUCUGUUGCAACAAGUAGCGAUAUAGUCGUCCCUGUCCCAUCUCCUCCGCACCACGACCACCACCACUUCGUGCUUUUUCAUGCAUAUUGAAGACAGACUGAGGACGGAAUCGACUUGUCCCUCCAAAGUUCUUGGGGCUCGUCCCGAAGUAACCCGACCAACAACUCGUCUGCUUGGCCUACCUUUACUCAUGGAACGCCCUCUUGUUUCCUGUCUGCAUAAGGAAGCAACCAAGGCACCUACGGGCACACACAAUAUGGUACAGUAUCCAGGUACGUACGUAGCCAUCCCCCUACGCUUGCCGUCUGGCUCGUACGCAUGAAGUCACCUGGGUGUGUCGAAAGAGACUCUGUCCUCCAAGAGCAAAGCCGUUCGUUUCGUGGGCGGCUGUGGACUUCGCUCACGCUCGGAGGAAGCAAGGAGCUGGCUCGCUGGCUCCGUGUCCUGGGGACUGUCCUUGUCCUUCUCGCCCUUCUGUUCCCUUGUCGGUGGAGUGACAUACUUGUGGCAUGUCUGUCACUCACGACGGUGCCCGGAGCGACGCAACAAAGUCCGCAUCUCACGUUGAAGGGACUGCUCGUCCUUUUCCCCUCUUGUCCAUCGCAAGGACACCGGAGCAAGUACGGAGAAAGGAAGGGACAAGAGACAGAGAGCGAGCGCGUGAGGGUCUUCUCCAGCCCUGAAACCAAGAACGUUGCUCGGAGCCAUUGGAAUGCAGUGAGCGAGAAAUACACCCACCUACGGAGAACUCACAGAAAACCUCACCAGACAAGAAUCAAGAACGCGACUCACGGCUGCACGAGUCACGACUCGGUUACGCGAAACGUUGGGUCGUUGCCGUUGCGAGGAAUUGUUUUGAUUUCUCCCUUUUCCGAGCAAGCGGCGACCACGGACGGUAUUUUACCAUGUUUGGGGCCACGGGCAACAGGUGAUGUGGUGAUCAACCUGUUCUUGCAGCUGCAGGACGGGAUCUGGAUCUUCCAUCGGCGGCCAUGUCCCGCUCUGGGCCGUGGUCUGUCUGCUUAUUCAUUUGCCCAACACCACGAACCGCAACUGCAUUGGGCCAUAGCGGCCACUCCAGCUGUCACACUGCUAACCAGAGAGGUGUCUAGGGUGCCCGGCGUCCUCCUCCGCUAACUGCAAUAGGACCACGGGAAGCGCUUCCCGCGGAUCGUCCCCCAUCGCUGAAUCUAGAUUCAGAUCGGACCACCUCGUCAGGCCUCAACGUCCAGCAUCAGCUUACAAACGCGCUCUUUUCGCUGGAAGACCAUCUCGAAAUCUGUCGCAAAGGAGCAAGAGAAAGAAAGCAUACUCCCGACCGGUUAUCGAACUUCGAGCGAAGUACGGAGUAUGCGGAGUGUCAUGUUAUGCUGUGCCUGUUCGGAGAUGCGUUGAGUCAGGACUCACGACGGCUACUCGCACGGAGCGCGGAGGCUGCGUCCUGUCCCUUGUUGCGGACGGGGGAUGUUCGCUGUCACGGCGAUGUGCUGACGGUCCAACAUCGGGCUUAAUGAAUUCUGACGCGAUAAGUCCAAAAUCUCUACGGUCAGAUGGCACCACUUGUGUCGGCACGGCACUGAACAUGUCGGUCUUCGCACGGACAGAACAUUGAGUUCACGGAUUCGACUCUCUCGACACUCCAGGUUCUCCGUCUCGACCGAGUCAGAGUCUCCGAUAGAUGUCCUUUCAGCAGUUUCGGGACGGAGAUGUGUGUUCAUCAGGUUCCUCGCGGAGAAGAUACGGAGCGCCAUGGUUCGGAGCUGCUGGCUUCGAGAGACCUGCGUGAAGCUUUAGUCCGCCUGCUGUCAACUUGGGUUUUGAAAUAUCUCAGUCAUGCCCACGGCAUUCUCGUUUCGAGCCUUGGAAAACACUCUUGGAGCCGUGGGAAGCCCGUCUCGGAACGACGCCACGGGAGAUCGACCUGAUCCAAGUCGAGCCCCCGGCGCUGCAGAUCCAUGUACAUCAAUCCAUGAUCUGCGGCCGCACGACUCAAAUAUCCCGCAUGGACGAUCUCGCUUCGGCAUGGUGAUGAAAAUGCGAAGAUGGGAGUGAGAGUGUUAGUCCAGGCUUGGAGGCAAAUUGGACUCGCCAGGCAUGAUCCCUACGUUGACGCAGGGUUGCACCUUUCCAGCCUUUGCUCAUCGCUGUGCAUUGAUGAUUGUUGGUCGGCAGAGACGCAUAUUGAGGAGAAGUAGCCACCGUCCAGACGCAACUACAGAACGUCCACUGCCAGGUGAAUUUGGAAGGCAGCGAAUAUACAGUCGCAAAAGCCAUGACGACAACUCAAUUUCAGCUGGCUAUGCUUUCCAUAUGCGCAGGCGUCGAGAAGGUGAGAUACAUACAGCUCACUAACAGAGAGGAUCUAUUUCAUGGCACUUCGGCAGCAGACCUGGAUGGACCACACGCGAAGGACCUACUGGAUCUCAUCGAGACUAUUGUUGGGGACAGCACGCGGACCCAGCCUCAUCGAGCCCGAGCCAGGCCAACUUUCCAGACCUAGGGAUACCGCUCAAGGCUGGAAGGGACGGCAGGUUGCCAUUCACCAUCGAAGCGGAAUGGACUGUGCGCUCGGAAUCCAGACCGACCCAUGACUUGGGAUCCUGCAUUCUUUUGCCUUCUUCUUCCUCCCUCUUUUUCGCCGUCGAGCGAUAUCGGCUUUGCCUAUCUUUGCCCCCUCCCCCCCCUAUGGACUUCCCGUCCCCCACACUCCGCAGGCGGCCUCUUUCUAUGCACGGGGCGACCUAGGCCACUUAACAAACUAGGUGUCUAGCGAGAGUUGGGUGUUGGGUGUUGGAUGUUGGCUGCCCCGUUUCGGUGCGUCCCACCGCCUGGAAAGAAAGCGCAGGCCGGUUCCUUAGGGGCGCCGCCACGAAGCAAUCGCCCCCCCUUCUGCUUUCCUUCUUUCCCGUUCUACGCCCUCUGUCUGAGUUUUUACCUCCGGAACAUCAUCUGCGUCAUCAAUGCCGCCCCACGACACGAGCGGAGAAAUUCUGGCGGGGUUCUAGGGGGAUUACUUUAGUGUGCGAAGGAAGGAGAGAAAAGUUAAUCCCUCGAAGACAAGACAAGGGGAAGAGAUAGAGCCAUCAAAAGGCCACAAGCAAGAAAAGAAAAUUUGUUAGUCCGUGGAGGAAGUGCUAGGCAAACCAGCCAGCCAGCCAGCCAGCCAAACCAGCUAAAGACGGCCUAUGCGGACAGGCUGGUAGCCAAGUGACCACGCUGCGAACCCACUAAGCAACUACCCCGUUCGUCGCUGUCCGACCCGAACACGCCCAGGAACUGGCCUACAGCAUAGCAGGUAGCUAGGGCUGGUCGGCUUCCAACGCUCCCUUGCGUGCCCAAAGAGGUGGGUUUCUUAUGGGGCCUACCGAGCACGGGCUGAUCUGGUAGUUACAUACGAACAAAAAGCAACUUCUCGAGGGGCCCUGUGCCUCGGGUCGCGACUGGAAGAGCUUUUCAGGCUGGCUGACUUUUCUUUGUUCCCUGCUCCCAACCUGCAUUGACAGCGCUGAUGGCACUCCACUGUCCCUUUUUUUUUCCCAUCAGUGUCGUCGUGGUGAUUUCUUUUUAUCAUGCAUGCCUGGUCCGCAGACAGUCGCCAACGGGCGCUCGAUCCGUCCUCGUGUGCGCAGCACUUAAUUACUACCUCGCUACAUCCACACUCAGACACGUAUCAACGGGUUUAGGCUACCAGCUAUGAGGGUACAAAAGGAAGACACGCCAAAGGAAGACACGAUCUCAUGCGUUAGGUCGAGAGUUACACGGGCUAGUGAUGGAGAUUCAUAGGUGGUGCAGCCCAAGGCGCAUCGCUGACGCCGAAACCCGAGUAGCGCCCCUAACGACCCAGCUAACCACCUACUGUGGCUGCCUACAAGUAGGCAUACCUACCCAGUAUCAUGACUAGCUACCUAGGUACAAGGGCAGGUAGCUACUCGGCACAGAGGUACGCACUCAUUAGCCAUGUACCUAGCCCACGUUGCAGGCAUCUGCAGCGAGCCAGCGG